UCUUUCAAACUGGGAAGGUCGAUAGUGUUUUGUGUCGGCAAUUUUUUGUUUAAAAUAUCUUAAAUUUUGAAAUAAAACUUAUAUAAAAUAUUAACAAAAGUAGGUGAAGACAAAAUUAUAUGCUGUAGCAAUUUUGGCGUGUAAGCGAAAAUUGUUAAAAAAAAAAAUCAAUUUUAAACAAAAAGUGGCAAUGAACUGUUAAACUUGUUUAAAAUAAAAACAAAAUAACACAUAUAUUCGAUAUGGGUGAACGGUAUGCAAAUGGUGUGACCACCAGCUUGGUGGAUGCAUCCAAUGGCAAUGGACGCACUGCAUCCAUUUCCAAUUCAACUAACUCGAAUCGUAUUGAAGAUUCUAAUAAACUCGUUUUGAAACGUAAACUUACCCUAAUCAAUGGUGUGGCUAUAAUCGUUGGAACUAUCAUUGGAUCUGGAAUUUUCAUUGCACCCACUGGUGUUUUUCGUUACACCGAAUCGGUGGGCAGUUCCCUUUUAAUUUGGAGUAUUUGUGGUAUUCUCUCCACCAUUGGCGCCCUCUGUUAUGCGGAAUUGGGAACUAGUAUUACACGAUCUGGCGGAGAUUAUGCCUAUUUGCUUGUGGCCUUUGGUCCUUUAGUUGGCUUUUUGCGCUUAUGGAUUGCGCUACUCAUAAUCCGCCCAACAACUCAGACAAUAGUGGCUCUUACUUUUGCCCAUUAUGCCGCCAAACCGUUCUUUGAAGAUUGUGAUCCACCUCAAAUGGCAGUCAAAUUGUUAGCCGCUGCUUGUCUAUGUCUCCUUACGGCUAUCAAUUGCAUGUCGGUGAAAUUGUCUAUGAAGGUUCAAGAUGUUUUCACUAUUGGUAAAUUAUUGGCCCUAGUUAUGAUUAUAUUGGCUGGCCUAUAUUAUAUGGCGACUGGUCAGAUGCAGAAUUUUAAUAAUCCAUGGGAAGGUACAUAUAGUGCUCAGAAUAUUGGUUUCGCUUUCUAUUCGGGCUUGUUUGCCUUUGGCGGCUGGAACUAUUUGAAUUUUGUGACUGAAGAGCUGCAGGAUCCAUACAAAAAUCUGCCACGCGCUAUUUGGAUAGCAAUGCCUCUGGUCACUGGCAUUUAUGUUCUAGUGAAUUUAGCAUAUUUCGCAGUAGUUGAUAAAGCGGAAAUGUUGAGCUCCUUGGCUGUGGCGGUGACUUUUGGUAAUCGAGUGUUUGGUCCAUUGGCUUUCAUGGUACCCAUUUUUGUGGCUCUUAGCACAUUUGGAGGUGUGAACGGUGUUUUAUUCACAUCCGCAAGACUUUUUGCCACAGGAGCCCAAGAGGGGCAUUUACCCAAAUUCUUUCAACUAUUCCAUGUUAAACAACAGACGCCCAUACCCUCACUGAUAUUCACAUGUCUGAUGUCCCUGUUAAUGCUGCUAACUGACAAUGUAUACAGUCUUAUUAACUAUUUUAGCUCAGUGCUUUGGCUUUCUGUUGUAGCUAGCAUUGCGGGAAUGUUGUGGCUGAGACAUAAGAAACCAAACCUACCGCGUCCUAUUAAAGUUCACUUGGCCUUGCCCAUCAUAUUUAUGAUUAGCUGCACCACUUUAGUCUUGCUGCCCAAUUUUAAAGAACCUCUGAAUCUAACAAUCGGUAUUAUUAUAACUUUAGCUGGCAUACCAUUUUAUUAUAUAUGCAUCGCUUGGAAGGACAAACCCCGGUGUUAUGGACGUCUAUCAAAUGCCCUUGUAAAUUUGUGUCGUGGUAUCUUUAAUACAACCAUUAUUGAAUCAAACGAAGUUUUAAAAUAGAUACACGUUUAAAGCUUAAUGAUACCGACAGAAAUUUACGCAUUUAAAUAAUACCGCUUGUAAAUGUUAUUCCAUAUAUACAGCUAGAGGAGAUUUGGGAUCAUAAUUCCCACCAUUUUGUAUGAUAUUCUGCUUGGCAUUAACUGAAAUCGAAUUGAUAUUGUAUACCAUGAACCUGAAACUUUUCCUGAUUAAAAGGGGAAAGCAAAAAACCAUUGUUAUUACUAGAAAUAUGAAACAAAGUUUUGAUUUGUUUAUUUAAGGCUCCCCUAGUUUAAUUUUCCAUUAAGUAUACAUAUUUAUUUAAUAUUUUUACAUAUACCUAUGUACUCCAUCUUGUGUUAUAAUCCUAGUCAAUAUGGAUUAACAAUGAUUUCCCCAUCUUGUUACUGUGACACAUUUAGGGAACAACUGUUUUAGAUGUUAAUGUAUUCAAAAGUAAAUUAUGUGAAACAAAAGUGAAUAAUUUA